UCAAAACAGCCUUUGAUGCCAAGGGAUAAAUAAGUCAAACUUUUAACAGAAUAUGCCUUUGCACUGUAUCUCUUGUGAUACAUUUCAAAAUGUGUGUAUUAUGGGGAUAUUCUGUGGAAAAUCUACAAGACGGACUGAGACAGAGAGGCUAUGCUGUUUAUUACUUCCAAAGAAACAAUUACACUCUAUUGGGGAAAGCAGUCCACCAUGGCCAGCAUUGAAGUGGAGGAGGACAGUGAGCUGGAAACGCCUCUCUUCAGGCAGUACCAUGCCAGCGAAAUGCUUCCAAGCAAGAAGCUUCCACUCCACAAUCUGCUUGUGAAACAGCCCAUGUCCAUGGGGGCUGUGCAGACAGUGUGUGGGAUCAUGAUUUUUGGGCUUGGAGUGACCGUAGCAGUAACACCAACUGACACGCUUGGUAUUGUUCUGAGAGUACCAAUUGUCACUGGAAUUCUGUUUUUCAUUUCAGGACUGUUGUCUUUCCUGCUGUUCAAAUUUCCUGUACUGCUGCCUAUUUCUUACACUGUCAACAUUGGCAGUCUGGUUGUUGCAGUCACUGGAAUGGUGCUGCUGACUUUUGAUUUGUUCUCCUGGAAGUCAAGUAAUAGUCAAUACGAGGACUACAACCGGGUGACAGCCCUCAUCCUGACUGUGACUCUGCUGGAGAUUUGCAUCACCGCUGUGCUUCUGCGAUGGCUGCAUGUGGAGUACAAGGGGGGCUCGGUGGCUUCGAAAAACUCGAGUGGCUCUUGAGUCGAAGAGCUGGAGAGAUCAUUGUUAGCGUUGCACCUUUGCCACAGGGUGCUCGUCUGUAAACUCAGUGGCCUUUACUGCAAACGCUUUUAUGCUGUGUAUUUCAGCUCGCCAGCAUUCACUGAUCGUUUCAAAAAUCUGAA